AUGGCCGAUAUUCAAAAUGGUACCCUUUGCAUCCUCGGAUGUGGAAACCUAGGAAUGGCCAUUCUGAGCGGACUAAUUAACGCACCAUCUGAAAAGUUCAGCGAGCUUCCAUUCACUCAAUACAUAGCCUGUGUGCGCAGUGAAAGCUCCGAAGCCAGACUAUCCACAAAAUUCGCCGAGUCUAUGGACAAAAUAAGCAUUCGCCGCGGAGAUAAUGUCCAAGCCGUCCAAAGCGCAAACGUGAUCAUCCUAGGCGCCGAUCCCGCAGACAUCGAGAAAGUCCUAACGCAGCCCGGGCUCCGGGAGGCUCUAUCCGACAAGCUGGUGAUCAGCAUUGCAGCAGGGUGGACAAGACAGAAACUCGAGGCCACAAUCUACGGGACCCCCACGACCGCCGAGACCACAUCCGGCAGGGCAUGGGUAGUGCGCACACUACCCAACAUUGCAGCGCAGGUCUCUCAGUCGCUCACGGCGAUUGAAACCUCUGAGCUUGCAUUGCCGGAGCGCUACCUGCAAAUUACGACGUCGAUCUUCGAGCAAAUCGGCAAGGCCGUCCAUAUCGACCCGAAAUUAAUGAAUGCCACGACUGCAGUGGGAGGCUCGACGCCUGCGUUUUUCGCUGUAAUCUGUGAUGCGCUCAUUGAUGCCGCCGUGGCGGUGGGCGUUCCGCGGAAUCUGGCUCAUACUAUGAUCUUCCAGUCGAUGCAGGGGACUGCCACUAUGCUGCAGGGUGGUAUGCAUCCCGCUAUACUGAGGGAUCAAGGGACAUCUCCGGAAGGCUGUACGAUUGGCGGGUUGAUGGUGAUGGAAGAGGCUGGGGUGCGUGGUCAUGUUGGACGGGCGCUGCGGGAAGCUGUUACUUUGGCUCGUUUGAUGGAGACGACGCCCCACGUUAACGAUACGAGACAUUAG